GUUUUCUCCUCCCACUCUCUCUCGGACAAGACAACCUAUUCUUUUCCUCCACUUUUCUCCCCCAAACCCUAACCCCCUCUCUUUCUCAAUUCUUGCUACUAGCGUAUAUUUUACCCUAUAACACUUUUGCACGUCUUUCAUUAUCUGCUCUGUAUCACUGUCUCUCCUCCACGAUCGGAGCUGUAGAUCAUCCGUAGAAUCAGCACCCGAUCUGCCUCGAGCUUGAUCGAUCGGGUGUUCGAUUCAUUUUCUCUUUUUUCAUUCCCUUCGAAUUUUGGAAUUUAGAGGUUUGAUUUGAUUUGAUUUGACUUUGGUUGAGAAGAGCACCGAGAGAGAUGUCGAAUUUGUAUGGUGAUUUCAAUCAGAAGAUCGAUUACGUGUUCAAGAUCGUACUGAUUGGAGACUCCGCCGUCGGCAAAUCUCAACUCUUGGCUCGUUUCUCGAGAAACGAGUUCAGUCUGGAUUCCAAGGCCACGAUUGGUGUUGAGUUUCAGACUAAGACGAUUGUCAUCGAUCACAAGACCGUUAAGGCUCAGAUUUGGGACACUGCUGGACAAGAAAGAUACCGGGCAGUGACAAGUGCAUACUACAGAGGUGCAGUGGGGGCAAUGCUGGUCUAUGACAUGACCAAGCGCCAAUCAUUCGAUCAUAUAGCUAGGUGGUUAGAGGAAUUGCGGGGUCAUGCUGAUAAAAAUAUUGUAAUCAUGCUCAUAGGCAACAAGUCCGACCUAGGGACCCUCCGUGCUGUACCCACUGAAGAUGCCAAAGAGUUUGCUCAAAGAGAGAACCUUUUCUUUAUGGAAACAUCAGCUCUCGAGGCAACUAAUGUCGAAACAGCUUUCAUAACUGUCCUGACAGAGAUCUACCGAAUCGUCAGCAAGAAGGCCCUCACGGCCAAUGAGGAAGCUGAAUCCGGCAAGUCAGCACUUCUCAAAGGAACCAAGAUUGUUGUCCCCGGACAGGAGCCAGAAUCAGAAGGGAGCAAGUACAGCUGUUGCAGGUCUUCAUAGAACUGUUCUCCUUUCAGGAGGAGAUAACGGCAUGACACCUCUUGUAAGAAAUUGUUUGUUUGUUUGUUUGUUAGCAGUGUAGAUUUUGGGUUGCUCGGACAUUCAAAGAUGCGACGAUAAAUUUCACUGGAAAUUUUAGUUUGCUUUUAACCCUUUUACUUCGUUCGGCCGUCGUCAAUGGCUGAAACAGGUUACUUUGUGUUUGUUGUACACUAAAAAACAAAGUCAAACUGCGAAAUAUUUAGUUGUUGAUUGGCUGAGAAUAUGAUUAAUAUGCUUCAAGCCAAACACACAAGUUAGCGAAGGCGAUGAUAUUGGAAGAUUUUUGUACUAAAAAUAAUAUACUUGCAGAAUUUUUUACCUAAUUCUUAACAAGAAUGAUUCAAUCUAAAAGUGUCAUUUUGAUAGUUCUUAAGGUGAUCAAAUGUAAAUUUCUUAUA